AUGGACUCAAGCCAGCACAGGUCCACGGCGGAGCAGCGCACCUGCUGGUCUUCACUUGGUAGGCGGCAGCAGUUUUCACAUCAAGCUCAUGGGCGCCCGUACCAGCAGUCCAGAUUUGAUUCGCGAUCAGCUCGGGUGUUGUGGAGCACAGUGAAGGACGAGAAGGAGGAGGUAGAGUUGAGACUCUCGCUGUUUUGGACUAAUGUUCGGACCGGGAGUGGCUUGUUCGACUUGGACUUCGACGCCGAUGCCGAGAGAAGAACAGGGCAAGGCGGCGAUUCAGAUCUAGAUCCAGCAGCGGUGACAAGUAGAGAGAUGGACCAGACGCAGUGGCUACCCGAGGACGUGCUCGCGGACGUCCUCCGCUGUCUUCCACCGCGCAGUCUUGCUGCGGCCCGCUGCGUGUGCCGCUCCUGGCACGCCGUCGUGGACGCUCAUCGUCUCCUGGACCGGGACCUCCUCCCGCUCUCCUUGGCCGGCUUCCUCAUCAACUUCUAUGAGCUUGACUUCACGGAGUUCUUGUUCUUCUUCCACCCCUCAGCAAUCCGCGGCUAUGCCGACCUCCACUUCAUGCCCACGGACGACAUCUCUGUGGAGGACCCUGCCCCCACGCCCAUCUCCUCCUUGGGGUUUGAGCUCUUUUAUCAUGAACGAAACUACAUCGUGUUUGAUCCCACGGUGUCGCCGCACUACCAAGUGCUUAGGUUCCUACAUGUACCCCCCCGUGGGCGUGGACUGGACGCAGAGAAGAAGCAACAGCAAUGGCCUCCAUCUCCAUACAUGAUGCAUGUUUUCUCUUCAGAAACAACAAGAUGGGAAGAGAGAUCAUUCAUCCGACAGGGAGGUACCCUAGGGACUCUUGCCGACAUGUUACUGCUUGAGCUGCCAAUGCCAGAUGAACUAUACGCCGUGUACUGGCAUGGUGAAAUCUACGUGCACUGUCAUUUUGUUAUGAGAAUAUCGUUAUCAAGUGGCACGUACCAAGCAAUUAAACUGCCAACAGAUGUUGAUCAGCACGGGUGCGCACAGGUUCUCCUUGGAAGAUCAGAGAAGGGGGUGUAUUUUGCAGCACUUGAUGCUCAAUGUCAGCUUCGAGUUUGGAUACUCACUGAAUGCUGCGGUCAGAGUGAGUGGCUUCUGAAGCAUGGUAACAACCUUCACCAAAUCCCUCCACGUCAAAACUAUGAUCCACAAGUUCACAGACCCUGCUGGAUUAUGGCAGAUAUCAAUCCAGCUAUUUACAGUACAGUAAAAGAGAAGUUCGAGUUGAAUUCAGACCAUGAGAUAAUCUUUGAAACUAGACUUGAAGGGCACAGGUGGGAUGAACAUAUUAAGAUCCUUGGAUUUCAUCCUUACAAAGAAAUUAUUUAUUUCAGUGAAACGUUGAACAGAGGAUAUGCCUAUCAUCUAGAUGAACUCAAGCUAGAAGACUUGGGCAACAUGCGCCCAAAAAGAUUGGAUGACUGCUAUAAUAAGGAACUAGAAAGAUCUAUUCCAUAUACACCUUGUUUGUUGGGCCCAUACACAUGAUGCAUACGUCUCUGUCCCUCGAACUGCUUCACUUCCCAGCAAAAUCUAUGCAAAAGUUCAGUUUCAUUUUUUAUUUACAUUUUAGUGUCUCAUGUACUGUUGCUCAGUUAUAGCUAGAUCUACCAUGAGCUUACCAAUAUAGGGCCAUGGGUUCAGUUGUAAGGAUAAGAUCCAAAU